AUGAAUCAAACUUUUCUUUUUUAUCCAAACUCUCCUUUUUUAUUUAAUUUAUCUCUCUCCCUCUCUUUCUUUCUUUCUUUCUUUCUUUCUUUCUUUUUUUUCUUAACUUCGCUUUUUUUCCUCCGUUCGUUCGUUCGUUCGUUCUUCCUUCCUUCGUUCCUUCGUUCUUUCCUUCAUUCUCCUUUCGUUCUUUCCUUCGUUACUUCGUUCCUUUUUUCGUUCCUUCCUUCGUUCCUUUGUUCUUUCCUUCCUUCGUUCCUUCCUUCGUUAUUUCAUCCCAUCCUUCGUUCCUUCGUUCUUUCCUACCUUAGUUCCUUCGUUCCUUCGUUCGUUCCUUUCUUCGUUCCUUCCUUUGUUCCUUCGUUUUUUCCUUCCUUCGUUCCUUCCUUCGUUCCUUCGUCCCAUCCUUCGUUCCUUCGUUCUUUCCUUCCUUCGUUCCUUCCUUCGUUCCUUCGUCCCAUCCUUCGUUCCUUCGUUCUUUCCUUCUUUCGUUCCUUCCUUCGUUCCUUCGUCCCUUCCUUCAUUCUUUCCUUCCUUGCUCCCUUCCUUCCUUUCUUCGUUCCUUCCUUCGUUCCUUCGUUCGUUCCUUCGUUCUUUCCUUCCUUCGUUCGUUCCUUCCUUCGUUCCUUCCUUCGUUUCUUCCAUCGUUCCUUCGUUCUUUCUUUCCUUCGUUCCUUCCUUAGUUCCUUUGUUCCUUCCUUCGUUCCUUCGUUCUUUCCUCCCUUUGUUCCUUUCUUCUUCCUUUGUCCCUUCCUUCGUUCCUUCAUUUCUUUCUUUCCUUCCUUGCUCCAUUCCUUCCUUCUUUCUUUCCUUGCUUCCUUCCUUCCAUUUAAUAUAUCCCCUUUAAUAUGCCAUUUCUUUCGUUGCUUUUCUUCUUUUACCUCCAUUCCUAUCUUUAUAACUUUAUUCAUACUGUUUUUCAUUCUUUCUUCCUUGGUUCAUUCCUUCUGUUUUUUUUUCGUUUUUCUUCAUUUUGAAUAUAUCUCCUUUCUAUAUGUACUUUCUUUCAUCGUUUCUUUCUUUUUCUUUCAUUGCCAUCUUUAUACCUUCAUUCAUAUCGUUUUUCGUUCUUUCCUUCCUUCUUCCUUUCUUCUGUUUUCAUUCUUUUUCAUUUUUUCUUCAUUUUUAAUAUAUCCCGUAUUUAUAUGUCUUUUCUUUCGUUGUUUCUUUCCUUUUCCUCCACUCCCCUCUUUAUACCUUCAAUCAUACUGUUUUUCAUUCCUUUUUUCCGUCUCGCCUUCCUUCCUUGCUUUCUUCCUUCUUUCUUUCCUUCCGUUUUCCUUCUUUUUCAUUUUUCUUCAUUUUUAA